UUGAUGAAGGGGCAACCCGAGAGGCGCAAGGCACAACAACAUCGUUCAUCGUCAUCAUCGUCAUCCAUCCCUCCGCCACCGUCGUCGCCAUAGAUAUAAACGCAGAGAAUUAUCGGGGAAGAGGAGAAGAGAGGCUUGGCUUCCUCUUUCUGACCAGACGCGAGAGAAGAUAAAGGAAGCCCGCUAGGCACCCAAGAGACAGUCGCCAUCAGAGCCGCCCCGUUUCAUCAAAAGGUUGGAUAGAAAGCUGGAGAGAGAGAGAGAGAGGGGGAGGCGGAGAGAGAAUAAAGUCCCUUUUCCGCUUGUCUUUGUUGGAGAAUAGGUCCCCCAAUAAUCACCAGACCCAUCUUCUUCUUCUCCCCUUUCUUGCCCUCCUCCUACUCCAUCCUUUUUUCUGUCCUGUUCCGUGAAGGGUUUUUUCCUUCUCCGGCUCUGUUUCCCCUGUUUCUUGAGAGAGAGAGAGAGGGAGGGAGAGGAGAUGGAGAUGAUGUAUUACCAGCUGGCCAGGUCGUCUUCGUACCAGGACUCGCUGAAGGUCUUGGAGGCCGACAUACAGCACGCCAACGCUCUGGCGGCUGCGAUUCCGAGGGCAAAGGGCGGCGCUCGCCUUCAAAUGAAACUGGUCUACAAUCACUUGGCUCCGCUUUUCUUGUUUUUGCUACAAUGGAUGGAUUGCUCCUGCACUUGUCUACUACCCAGAUACUUAGACCUCUUCCACAUACUCAUAUACAAGGUUUAUAGUGAUGGAAGGCCCAAUAUAUCUACACAUGGGAGAAAGGCUACCAUAAAGGACUUCUAUGCUGUUAUAUUGCCAUCUCUUAGACGGCUGCACAGUGACAUGGAAGAGUUGGGUGAUGUCAAAGGCAAGCAUCUGGCUAUGGAGUCUGUGGGCAAGAAGAAAGUGGAAGGCGACUUCAGGUUUGUCAAAGUAGAUUUAGAGAGAGAAGAUGAAUGUGGGAUUUGUUUGGAACCCUGCACCAAAAUGGUGUUGCCAAAUUGUUGCCAUGCAAUGUGCAUAAAAUGCUACCGGAAUUGGAAUGUGAAGUCCGAGUCUUGUCCCUUUUGUCGUGGAAGCUUGAAAAGAGUAAAGUCUGAAGAUUUAUGGGUGCUCACUUGCAAUGAAGAUGUGGUUGAUGCGGAAACGGUCUCCAAAGAGGACUUGCUUCGUUUCUAUCUCUACAUCAAUAGCUUGCCAAAGGAUAGCCCAGACGCCCUUUUCUUAGUUUAUUAUGAGUACCUAAUAUGAUCCAAAGUAAUUCCCCUGCUGUACAGAUUAAAAACGAAAGGCCGACCGUCUGAUGUAGAUAGGGUCUGGUAAGGAGAGUUUCACUCUGAUCGAUGGAAUAAUCAAUUCCACUUUGUACUUGUCAAAACAUUUAUCUGCGCAAAUGCAAGAUAUUUGAUCAUACUGUGAGUCUUAAUUUCUGGAA